AUGGAUGGCAGGGAUUCGUCCCUAACGACCCCCCCGCAAGGGAAAUCGAUUGCAAGACGUCGACGGCGCCAGAAUCAGCAGCAGGAUGACAUUCAACCCCCGCCGAGCAAGUUAACCCUCGGUUCGCUCAACCGAGCUCACCUCGCCGAUCCUGCCUCUGCCAGCGAUAGCGGGCACAGCUCAGCUAGCCUCGCUCAGAUCAGUGAGAUCGUUGCCGAUAGCAAGAUCGACGACACGGAGACCUAUGGCGUCUGCGAGCCGCGUGAUGGCUUCUUCGAUGGCUUGUUCUUGAAACCAUCCGCCGUCUCGGAGGGAGACCUCCUCGAGCAGUCCAAGGACACACUACCCGCAGCAUUUGACAAGCCUUCUCCUCUUGCCCCAAGGGAGUUCUUCCCCAGGCAGCUGCAUGAGAUGCGAUCUCUAUUCAGUCGCGUCUUCACAACCCGAGCCGGACUCCGGCUCCUGAAAACGUGUGCGGCAUACUUUGGCGCCUAUAUCCUCUGCCUUGUUCCCGUCGUCAGAGAUUGGCUCGGCCGAUACCAUUAUUUCAUGGCCGUUUCCGUCAUCCUCAACCAUCCUGCUAGACCUCUUGGGGCCCAAAUUGAUGGUGCCGUCCUUACCAUCCUUGGCACAGCCUGCGGAAUCGGAUGGGGAGCGUUAGGGUUGCUACUUUCUACUUCGACAUCGCCUGCUCAAGCGGGAUAUGGUGGCAUCUUAGCCCUGUUUCUCGUAUUGUUCAUGACCGUCAUCGCUUGGAUGCGCUCCUUCUUCAACCGAUCACACCAAAUGGCCCUUUGUGCUGGAAUUGCAGUAACAUUUGCCACCUUGGCCGAGACAAGCAGCCGCGAUAUCAUGUGGACCAGGUUGCUUAGCUACAGCGUGCCGUGGGUGCUAGGACAAGUCCUUGCUCUUCUCGUCAACGGUCUGGUGUUUCCAGACGCCGGAGCUAGGGCUCUAGCUGUUACCUUUCACAACUCGUUCAGCACUAUCCAGGAAGCUCUGAUCAUUCCACGACCGCGAGAUAAUAGACUGCGGCGCCGCUUGGCAUUGGCUUUUGUGGACUUGUCUCAGGCCGCCCGCGAUUUCAGACUCGACAUUACAGUGACACACUUUCGACCAGCCGACGUUGUCGAGCUGCGCAAUCUCGCACAGUCCGUCAUUCGAGCCCUCCUUUCACUUCAAACCGAGACGUACCUGUUCAAAAACCUGAAGGGAGACGCAGCUGAUGUUAUCAUCACAGUUGAUGCUACGUCUUCCGCGUCAAUUGCCUCUGGCCUCGGCUCCAGGCCAAGUCGACAUGAUAUCAGUUGCAAAGUUACCACCGAGCUGGCGUGGCCCACAAAAGAGCUGUUGUCUUGCAUGACAGAAGGUCUCUUGCGGUGCGAGGCUGCGCUGAUGAACUUGUCCGGCUAUCGACGACAUCUAGGGCCACCAUUGGACGUCUCCUCGGAUCUUGCUCCGAUCCAGAGACGGAUUGAACAGGUCAAAGUCGAGUUUGACGCUGCGGAAUCCCAACUUCUUGACUCGGGCGAGCUCCCGGCAUCCUCCAUGCAAGACGCAGAGAUUGUCCAGCUCUUCGUCUUCGCACGGCACGUUCGCGAAACUGCCACUCAUGUAGAGCAACUCAUGACCAAAGUCGAGACGAUGAUGCAGACAAAAAGCAGACUACGCGUUCACCUUCCGUCAUAUCCCCUACGGAAGGCCGUUCAUAGGACGAAUGCCCAAGUCAGACACGACCGCGGAAGUAUCACUGCUGGCUCGUACCAGAUCACUUUUGUCGAGAUUGCCCGACUCCUUGAUGGGAUCAAAUCUAUCGAGCACAAUCCGUUGCCCCGCGGCGACGAUGACGCGGGUGAAAGUUACCUGAAAGUGCAGGACUCUCAUGCAACCAUGGACGCGCACCGCGAUGGCGACAGUUCCCCAAAACGGAAGAAGCUAAGAUACAGGCUAUGGAGGGUCCUUUACCGCUUGCAAGGCUUUGAAAGCAGAUAUGCAUUCAAGGUCUGUCUCGUGACCGCUCUCCUCUCUGUCCCGAGUUAUCUGGAUACGUCUUGGUGGAAUGAAUAUGAGGCUUGGUGGGCCGUCUCCAUGAGCUGGAUAGCAAUGCAUCCCAGGAUCGGAGGUAAUCUGCAAGAUCUCGUCGUGAGGGCCUCGACGGCUAUUCUUGGGGCAGUCUGGAGUGGUGCUGCCUACGCAGCUGGCAGUGGGGAUCCAUACGUAAUGGCAGCCUUUGCUGCUGUGUAUAUGAUUCCGAUGCUGUAUCGCUUUACCCAGAGCGCACAUCCUCGUUCUGGCUUGGUCGGUUGCCUAUCAUUUACCGUCAUUUCACUUGGUUUGCAGGCGAAUGGGGCCGACAACUCACCCGUCCUGGUUUCAGUCCUCAGUGGAAUACCCUUUCUUGUCGGCACAACUGCUCCCAUCAUCGUGAAUUGGGUUCUGUGGCCAUUUGUUGCCAGGCAUGAGCUUCGUUACGCCCUGUCGUCAAUGCUGUUUUUCAUGAGCGUGAUUUAUCGAAGUGUGGUCGCUAGAUACGUAUACUUCAACGAGGGAAAGGAGCCCACUCGAGAAGAGGUCGCCAGAUCCGAAAUGCUCGAGGGUCGUCUCAGAGAGGGGUUUCUGCGAAUCAGACAACUCUUGGUUCUCACCAGGAAGGAGAUGCGACUCCGUGCGCCAUUCGAUCCCCUCCCCUACUCCUCACUGGCCGAUGCCUGCGAGCGCUUUUUCGAGUAUCUCAUCGCCGUGCGCCAUUCGGCGCUGUUCUAUAACCCAGGAUACAUCCGCGACAACCCAGUCGCAGCAGCGCAGCUUCUGAGUUACAGGCGUGACGCCGUUGCAUCGAUCCUGGGAAACUUGUACAUUCUUGCUGGUGCGCUGCGAUCGCAACGCAAGGUUCCCCGAUAUCUUUCGAGUGCCGCUGCCGCGAGGAAGAGACUUCUUGUUAAGGCUGUCCAAGUCGAAGAGGAAAUGUCCAAGACCGCUGAGGAGAGCGAUAUUCGCUGGCACAAGAAAUGGAGUGACAUCUAUAGCUACUCAUACAACGAAAGCCUUACAGGUUGUGUGGCACAACUGGAAGAGCUGGAAAGGUUUACCAAGCUGAUUGUGGGUGAACAGAGCUUCGAUGACCAGUUUAAAGAUGACGAAGGCACUGAUGAGGAAGAUAAUGGACAAGGUCAUGGUCAUGACUGA